CCUAUGGCAACCGAAGAGCAGUGAAUACAUAUAUUUACCUAUGAAGAAGGAUCUGUUUGGAAUAAUGCCAGAAUCACCCAGGAUGCUUUGCUGCCUUUUUAUUGUUGGUUGUGCAAUAAUGCUCACUCCCAGUGGUGCACUGAAAUUCCUGAAUACAUCUGGCCUUGUGAUCAGCAAAGAAGAGGCCAGAAUUUCAAACCACUCGGUCUGUGAGAUGUCAGGAGAUUCUAUUGCAGCAACUGGAGUAAAAUUGCUAAAGCAAUUAAGUCAGUGCCAGCACUUGACUCCAGAUCAAAUUAAAGCAAUUCAGCAAAUCUUCAGCGGUGGAAAUACUACAUUUGGGCCUCCUUCUACAUGGACAUCUUCUGUUCUGGAUCAACUAAAUCAAAUGAUAUUAAUCCUAGAUCCCAGUAUUCUGCAAAGUAUUCCUAAGAACGUUUUAAUGCCUUGGUUACAAAACUCCCUUCUCCCUUCUGAUCUAUCACAAAACCAGCUGAUCCGUAUUAGGGAAAGCCUUAAAUCCUCCAGGACAAAGCGUGAGAUUGAAGAGUGCCCAGAGGAUAAAGUCAUCCCAGAAAAGAUAUUAAAUGAUGACCGGAUGGAGGAGCUUGUUUGGUAUACUCAUAUGGACUUAAAAUUGUGCUUGACUGAGGAAAACCUAGUGAACAAUAUUAGUGCAUUCUCAGACUACCCUUUCACAGAUGAACAGCUGGCAGCAGUCAAGGACAAACUCGAUGAGAUAUUUCCCAAGGGAUAUCCUCCUGCAGUAUUCAGUAACCUUGGACUCCUUAAAAAACGAAUAGAUACAGAGAACAUCAAGCAAUGGACUAUCAAUUCAUCAAGCACAGUUCAUGCUUUAUUGAAUUCUGUGUCCAGUGAUGAGCUGAGAAUUGCAGUUAUUCAGCGUUACACUGAAUCGGGAGCACAAAUUAAUAGCGAUUUUCUGGAUGUGCUUGGGCCAUACAUCUGUCUCCUGAAUGAGGACCAGCUCAACAAGAUAACUGAAAGGAGCAUUGAGAUGGCUGCUCUCCUUGACCCAUCCAAUUGCUCGUCAGCUAUCAAGGAUCAUCUGUAUCCCAAGGCCAAAAGGGCUUUUUCAGAUCGUCACUAUGAAUACAAUGAAUAUUAUAAACGGAUCAGGCCAUUUCUGGGAGGUGCUCCAGGUGAAGAUCUCAGGGCACUUAGCAAAAAUGACGUCAACAUGGACAUUCAAACUUUUUUGGGCCUGAAAAGCAGCUCUCUAAAGGAAUUAACUCCUGAAAUGGUGAAAGGCCUGCUGGGCACAAAUCUAAACCACCUGAGGGACAACCAGAAUACCCCACUUGUACGAGAGUGGAUCCAGAAGCAGAAGCAAUCUGAUCUGAACAGCCUUGGUCUGGGACUCCGAGGUGGCCUUCCCGAAGGGUUUAUUAUUCUUAAAAGGCACAAGAAGCAAGACUGAUCUCUGAAAAUACCCCUUCUGCUACGUGACUUUUUGGCUUAUUGUUUCAACCAGGCACCACCUAUUCAAGUUCAUCUCUGCAAAUGAAGAGCUCAGCAAACAAAAGUGAAUAAAUCUCGUGUUUGAGAAUGUCAUACAAGAA